AUGGAAAAUUGUGAGUCAGAUGGCCAAAGUGAAACUAAGACCACUCGAGUCAGAUACACUCGCGCGGAAAUUUUGGAAGUUAAAAAGAACCCUAUUUCUUCAGCAGAGUUUGCGAAUGAAUUCUCUCGCAUAAAUGCGUCAAUAUUACGUUCAACUCGCGGGAGGGCAAGACUGAAUUCGCUUUCAAAAUCUCAGGCUGGUGAGAAACCACGAGACACGUCUAACAUAGUUCUUGGUCCUCAAAAACGGACCUGGAAUACAGGCUGUCAUGUUUCUCAGCAAACUCCAGGGCGUGAAGCAACGGAUACGAGCACAUCUGCUCGUUGGCCUAAGUUUGCUGUUGAACACCGCACUCCAGACAAGCAUCAUCCUAAAGCAGUUGGUGACUACAAAAGAGAUUACCGGUGUAAUGAUAGUCGUGGUUCUGGAUAUUCCAGUCGGGGUCGUGGCUCUGCUAGACAACUUGAAGGGUUGUCUUACGUGAAAAAUCAUAACAAGGAGGACCGAUUUGGUCGUGAAUAUCGGACAUCCAAUUCUCAUAGUGAAGACGAGCCUGAAUGGUUUUCAGAGGGUCCCACUACAGUCAAUGAUACAAUUGAGCUUGGAGGUAUUCUAGAAGAAUCACUGGACUGCGAAAAUAACUUAGUUGCCAAAACUUCAGACAGAAUGGAUUUUCUACCAAGAGAAAUCGAUGGUGAUAAGCCAGGAAAAACAGAGGGCAUUGUUGCAGAUACACCGGACAGCGAAUCUUCAGCGUCCAAGUCGACCGUGUUCCCAGAAAACGCAAACAAAGUUUCUAGUGGUGGCGCAGAUCAUCAUGAAAAUGAAAACCGAGGUAGCCGAUUUAAACAUCUGUUCCAAAAGAAUGAGCAGUCGGAUGAAAAUGUGCGCCCUAGUAGCACUUAUCCGCAUAAUACAGCCCCACUGAAUAACAUAAAUGAGCAGUUAUUGAAUUUGCUGAAAGUAAAACCCUCGGGUUUAUCCAAUAUUGAGCAAAAUCUUGCUCUUCAGGCUGAAAAUAAACUCCGCUCCAUCCUCUUUGGAAAUUCCUCCAUCCCUUCGUCAAAUACUGAACAAACGAAAAACGACUUGAGUGAGUCAAAGCGUAAGGUAUACACUGUUGAAGAGAUCGAAGCCGAGAUGAGAUCGGGUAUAAGCAGACCAACUGACAAAACUGUCGGCUCGUUGCCCCAAAUCUCGGAUCCUUUGCUGAUCAAUGAUCAAGCCAUUAAGUCUCGUGGUAACCCUAUUGGGUUUCCGAAAAACUUGAGUCAUACAUCUCAAUCAGAAUCUACUGCCAGUUGGGUACCUUUUCUGCGGUCAUUAGUAGGGAAACAGAAUCCAAAGCCAGUCAGUUCUCAACCUAUGGAUAUGCAAAGCUCUAUCUCACCUUUUGGACUACUUCCAAAUUCCAUGGCUAAUGCUGUAUCCGCAAGCGCUCGUAUUAAUCAACUUCAGCAUCCAGAUAUACCUCUGAACUCAGCUUCUGACGUCAACUCAACUCCACAAGGCUUUCUUUAUCAGCUUCGGAAUGGUACAAGGGACCCAGCUGCUCGUUCUAGACCACAACUCCAUUCCCCAGUUUUAUAUCCUGGAAUGUAUAGGUUACAACCUCCGAACGCUUUUUCUUCAGCACCACCUGGAAGGCCAAUAGUUAAGUCUCAGCAAAAUGCGUUUUCUAGUCACAACUCAGGACGGACUAAUAACCCUAUAUGCGGUAAUAACCAGAACUCUGUGUUCGUAAAUUCGUCUAUCCAACAAGAAACUAACCGUCAAUCUGUCAAUAUGAAUUUGAGACAGUAUUUAAACAAUAUCGAAACAGACCUAUUGAAUAAUUCUCCAGCUUCUUUGUCCAGUCAUAGACAGAACUAUGGGAAUUCAUUUCCACUUUACGCUCCCACUACAACACUAGCAUCCUCCAUUCCUUUUAAUCCUCACUUGCAGCAACAAGCUAAAGCCAACGAUUCUCCAGCGAAUAAUGGCAGUCUAAGUUUACUUUCUCAGCUAUUGGAAUUGGAAAAACUCAAGCAACCAUCUGGGGUUGACUCGAACUUCAGCGGGAUCAAAGCCAAAACCCUGGAGGAGAUUGAGCAGUUGGAAUCCCCAAAAAACAACAUUCUUUUUUAA